UUAGUUGUGUGACAGAGAUCCUUGAUGUAGUAUUAAGUGUGUGCACUGAAAUACACGUGGUGCUUUGCGAGAUUCUUCCACGCGAUUUUGAUGUGAGAAUGUUUCCCCGAUGGCCACUCUCUGGGGCACAGUUGAGGAACUACUGCCAGUGAAUAAGGAGCGCAAACAGCAUGCUGUGGGAACUGAGUCACCAUGUGCCUUCUGUGAGAUACAUGGACUAUGGAGCAACUAAACAGAAGUCCCUGUUCUUGUCCCAUGAUGGACUACAUCUGAGUGCUGAAGGGGCUAGGAGGUGUUUAGCAUCCAUACAGGACGACCUGCCAAACCAGCUGUGUGUGGAGGCUGCUGUUCAAGAUCCUACAGAAUGGCCAGCUCUCUCAGCCACGGAAGUACCGGUUCAGGAGCAUGACAGCACCAUAGCACUCUUUUCGGAUAUUGUGCAGACUAUGGAUCAUACUUAUAUAAAAGGGGAGAGAGUGUCUGGGUUUCAAGUGAUCGGGAGUAGGUCGGGCCCAGAUCACAUAUACAGUUCCUGUGCCCCCAAAGACUCAAGUACCCCUCCGAAACGAGGAAGCAAGAGGGCAGUGUCAACUCCCACAGGACAAACACCUACACAUGAACAUAAAAGGAUUGAACUGGAUGAAAAAACCAGACACAACAAAUGGUCCCUCGAUGAGACAUCCUUUCUGAGAGAAUACAGUCAGACAUUACGAAAAGAUGGCGAGUCAGAAAACAGUUUCUGGAACAACUGCGCAAUUGCAAUGAACAACAUGUUUGGUGGAAAAAACAGAACAGGGAAGUCCUGCAAGAUGGCAGCCUGGCGGUUAAAUCUUUCUGGUACAUGUAACAGCACCAUGUGUACUUCUGUUAAUGAAGACUUUGUGGAUUUUACGCCGCUGUCAGAGACAAAAGGAAACAAUGUGGGAACCCAGACUGAUUUGUCUUUUAAUAAUAAGCAAAGGUCUAACAAACAAGACUGUUUUUUUUUUGAACCAUGGAAAAAUCUGCAGGGGACAACGAAUGUGUGUGCUGAAACAGUAAAUACGGCCGCACUAAGACGUUUAAGGACCUACUCUGAGCUAAAAGAGUCUGAGAUACAGGAGAUCACACAAAAAAUAAGUUCCAGCUCUCCAAGAGAAGUAGCAGGGCAUAUAUUGUCUUCUCCAUUGAGAGGAAGUAUCAUUGUUGAACUUUUAAAUGAAAUUGAAUAUGCAGCAAAAGAAUGCUGUAACAAGGACAGUGUUUUGGCCCAAAAGGAUUUCUGUGACCUGGCUGAAUUUAAAUGGCAUGAACUCAUUGAUGAACUAUUAGAGCAACAGCCACUGCUAGCUGAUGUUCUCUUGGCUGUGUCUCUACCAACCUCUAAGAUAGGGAAUACAAAAUCUGUUCAGAGCCUUAUACCGGUCAUAUCUACUGUGUUUGGAAUGUUGAUGAAAACACGAUACCAGGAGUUGUCGUUAGUUCAAAAGAUGAUCGCAAUGACUUUAGCUAAUGAACAAACAAGCCAAAAAGUGUAUGACAGACUUCAACCUUUGGGUGUCACUCUGAGCCAUUCAGGCAUGUUGUAUACCAUGGAUCAGAUAUCGGGACACUUUAAUAAUGAACUAAUUGAUGCCAUUGCCAGUGGAAAGAAAUUCAGAAUUGUUGGGGACAACAUUAACUUUCAUGUAGGUUUAACCCAUGAACGUAAAUCAAGAGGAAAUGCAGCUCAUAUGGAGCAUUGGUUUGGGUCAAUGGCUAUCAUACAAAACCUAAGUUUUAGUCACCUUUCCCACCAUACACCAAGAUGUGACCUGCGAGCACUGCCUGUGUCAGUAUUCUUGUUAGAAGAAAAGGAUAUUCAAAUACUGAAGAAGAAUAUCUCCCAGCUGAUUUCCCGAGUCAUGACAGAGUUCUUCCCCUGGAUGAAGUUCGCAAAAGAAACGGCAAACAAACCAAUUCUAGGCGAGUUUGCUGAAUUUCCAGAGUUUAGAAGAAAAAAUCAAGUCAUUCCUCUCCCAGUGAUGUCGAAAAAUGAACAGAAAUAUUCAGAUGUGGUAGAAAUACUAGACUCCUAUGAAAAUCUUGUAAUAUCUGUUUGCAACCAGGCAAAUGUUGAAGCAAUGGAGGUGCACAUUGGUGGAGACCAACUCACUCAAGAAAGAUUUUCAGGAGCUAAGCGCUUAAGAGCAGCAGCACUUACUGAAAUGGAGAGAUUUCACCAUUUGACACCAAUUACAUUUGAGCUUUUCCAUUUACAGAUGGCUGUUCUCACUUUGUUUUAUCAACAACUCUAUAAUACAACAAACACAGAGCCCUUCACACUCCAUGCACAAAAGAUUCGUCUGCUUCGAACAGAUGCUGAUGGUAAUGACGUCAAAAACCAUUAUAAUCAUUGCAAAGAGCUGGCAGUAUCUUUUAUCAAAUCGUACAUAAUUGAGGCAGCAUGUGAGCAAUUUGGCAUUAAUGACUACAAUACUGUUCCUGAUAUUCAUCUACCGAAUGAUGAUGACUCAGUCUCCUCUUGGCUAUUGGAAGUAGUUCAACCAAUUACAGAAAAAAAUCUCGAUGCUUGUAAACUUGAUAGUGACUUGGACCAUGGAUACUGUGACAAAGCAUCUGACUAUGCGAACCUUGUUCUACAACUAGGUGUUCUGUUCAUGGAAUUGAAUGAUGUGGUAAAAUACCCAGACAGAGAUAGAUUACUGGCAGUCCUGAAAAUACUUAUGGUCAUCUUAAAAGGACAUAACACCAGAUCGAAGUAUGCUCUUGAAAUUCUUCGUUUAUUGUGUCAGCAAUUUGCUUUGUUAAGUGAGAGUCAGGCAUAUUCUAGUUUGUAUGGAAUGUUUGUUAAUACUGGGGGGAAACUUGAUACAAACAGUCCAGCUGAUUUAGAAAUGGAACACCUGGUUAGAUUGACAAAAGGUCAUCUGAAAGCGAUGUGUUCUAACAAGUCCGAGUCUUCAGUGCGAAAACGAAAUUGUGCAUUUUAUGGUAUGAAGAAAAUCUGUGACAACUUUGAUGAACAAACAAAAGUUGUUCAUCGUGCUCAAAAGCACAAAGUGUUGUCAUCUGUUGAAGAUGAAAAGGCACUUAUUAAAGACCUGAGAAAAGUGAGGCCAUUUCAGCAUGUGUGUGGAAGACAAAUUGCUUCAAUGAAGCACUGUCCCAAAAAUCCGGUAAAGAAGAUUAACACGGAAGAACUGCACAAAUGGAUUUCUCAGAACCAAAUUAAGUUUUAUUAUGAAAUUGGACGUUAAGCAAUAUGGUAACAUUGUUAUGCUUAAUAGUUCUGAACUCUUUAUUCAAAUUACAUAGAAUGUUUAAAUUUUACAAACAUUUUUAUAGACAAGGAAUUUUUAAUACAGAAACUGUUUCCCAUAAGGCCGAAAAAAACAAUCUUGUUUCUGGUCACCAGAUUGACCCUCUUUUUUCUAUUCCCACCCAAUCUUUUUGAUUGACACUUUCUUUAAAUAUGUCAAAAGUCAAUUAUUUAUAAAUAAGUUCUUUUUAAGGUAUAUUUGAUUUUUGUUUAAGUAAAAUAAGCAUAGAAGCACAAUUAAGAACAGAACAGACCUUUAUUAGGUAACUUAUACUACAUGGUAUAUCGUUACAAUCAAAUGUUAAUUUAUAAUAAUAAAUCACGAAACUCCCGUACCAUUCUCACACAUUUUCACCCAUACGCACUCUCCUUACUAACAUUUGCAUUAAGUCAACAUAGAAUAUAUAAAUUUUCAUCAAACAUAAAUGAUAAAUAAAUCAACCUAAUCAAAUAUAUUUAAGAUAUUUAAAAUAUUCGAGGAUAGACUUUCCUAAAAAGAUGUGAAAAUUCAAUUAAUCAACAAAUCUUAUUUUUAAUAAAACUAUUAUUUUUCGCAGAACAGAUUAAGCCAAAUUUAAGACUUCAAUCUUUACAGUGAAGAAAAAAAGUAAAUGAUGCUGAUAGUGUAUAUCACGAAUCAAUACUUAACAAUAAAUACACACAAAGUGUAUAUAAAAUAAUAAAUGUACUUAAAUGUUUCAAGAAGGUCCUAUUCAUAUAGAACCGGUAAAUUACUUUAAAAAAUUCAUUUACAAGAUUUAAGCUUAUGCUUUAACAAUGAAAAAGUUAAAACAAAUAUACUAUACUCGCUGCUAUUUAAACAAAAAUGCAAAGACACAUUAUGCAUAAAUUAAAUCGAAGUAUAUAUAAUAAUCAAUUACACAUGCUUAUGUCAUUGUCAGCGAUGGUUUUU